UCUUGAUAUGAACACCGGGCUACACGCACAGAGUCCGGGCUGACGUCAGAGAGACGCGCCUUAAAACCAAAGAGCGCAUCACAGAGAGAUGCAUGGUUUGAUCACACACACACACACUCACAUAGACACACGAGAACUGGCUUUGGAUUGUAAGAUCGCAGGGACACUGUAGAAGCUGCGGCAGCGAGGUGAAUGAGGCGGAACUGCAAGAGAAGCCAAGAAGUUACUUUUAAAGUCUGCUGAUCGCGGUGCGUAAAAUGAAAGUCGUGCGUAAAUGUCUGCGUGUCUUCAUUUGGAAACGGCGGUAGAUGAUAUUCAGACGAAAAAAAUAACAAAAACUGGAAAGUUCACCGGAAAACUUGCUCCGAAGUAGUGUCAGCGGCAAAAAUCUGCGUUUGGUACGGAUGCUGUUGGACGUUGCCCCGCGUCUGCACUCCUGCGUUUUUGAUCUCAUUUGAACCAUGGCUUACUCUCAGCUGGGAUACUCCUACUCCACCACCCCACAGUUUUUGAUGACCUCCGGUUCUCUGGCCGGCUGCUUGGAGGCGGGAACUCCUCCGUCCCACCCGGUGCUGCGCUCCCCAGGUCACCAGCUCACCCCUGGAACUGGCAUCGGGGUCUACAGCGGCCCUUAUCCAAAGAGCCAAAGCUAUUACAACACCUGCGCCAGCGACGCUCUCUAUUCCAGAGGGCCACUAGAUCCCAAAGAAGGAGCUGCAUCUGUGCAUGUGGGGACAUCUCAGACUCCUGCCUACUACCCUUAUGAAUACACAUUUGGACAAUAUCCUUAUGACAGAUAUGGGUAUUCUUGCUCGGAUGGUGCUUCACGUCGCAAAAAUGCCACCCGAGAGACCACCAGCACCCUGAAGGCUUGGCUGCAGGAGCACCAGAAGAACCCCUACCCAACGAAGGGGGAGAAGAUAAUGCUCGCUAUCAUCACCAGGAUGACUCUGACACAGGUGUCUACAUGGUUUGCCAAUGCACGCAGGAGACUGAAGAAGGAGAAUAAGGUGACGUGGUCACCACGAGCCUGUAAAAGCUCUGAUGACCGAUGCUGUGAAGACGACAGUGACGAGGCUGAGAAGCCACCCAAGAGUGACAAAGACCUUCCUGAUCAGCAGUGUGCAGACCUACAGAGUGAUCUUGAGGACUUCGACCUGCUGGAAUCAGACGCUUCCGACUGUGAACCGAAAGCACAGUUUAUACCUGAGGACAACGAAGCAAACCCGAACACAGACCUCCCACACGGGCAUCUCACACACAACUCUGAUCCACUGCACGGAAAAGACAGACUAUCCCCGGACUGCCCCAAACUCACGCCGGUCCACCACCAAAACAGCUCCUUCUAUCUUAAUCCAGACCUUCGAAACACAGACACCAAGCCGAAAAUCUGGUCCAUUGCUCAAACUGCGGUGUCUUUGGAAGCCAGCUUGCAGCCAGAAUACCCUCCUUGUAUGCUGUCGUCGGCCGGGUCUUCCUCACCUGGCUAUCCGACAAAUAUGGCACUCACCAAGGCAGACAGGCAACAGGAAUCACCAGUCGCCACACUCAGAGAAUGGGUGGACGGAGUUUUCCACGAUCCUCCUUUCCAGCAGCCCAAACCAGCUGAGGUGUGGAAAGGCUUAAAUGAAGCAGUGAUGGACAGCAGAACACCUAGACAGUCCUUUGAAAUUGUUCGGUCUACGUCAUCUUUGUAGUCCACCAACACAUCGUCAGUGGGACAUUUUGACUGCUGGACUUAUAGCAAAAGUCUAUAUUUUGUUUGGGUGACGUGAUAAAUUGACCGUUCGCUAACGCCUGAUAAAAUUUUUGGUUUAGGCAAAAGUAAACAAAAGCAGGAUCCUCAUUUUCUAGUCCACAGGUGUCGAUUUUUCAGUCUGAAAUGAACAAUGGAAAACUUGUGGAGCUACAUGUCUGAUCCCCAAGUCCGACUGACUUUGAUGUGGAUUUCUUUUAAAACAAGAAUCUGAAAUAUGCAUUUGUGCACUACAUACAUGAUAUCAUGCUAAAAGCCUGAGGCUUAAGUUUCAUGUCUAGAGCAAAAAGUCGACACCACAACCAGCUGAUAGUACAUGUAGACAAUGUGCAGCCUUUUAGGAUGAGACAUGCCAACAACUGCAGCUUAGAGCAGUUCCAUCCAUCUUUAAACUGUUUGUCAUAUGUUUUUGUUUUGGAAAGGCUUGAAAAAAGAUUGAUGUAUAGAGUGUACAUUACCAAACAGAGCAGUUGUGCUUAGUUACAAUUGCUAAGCCAUGAUUGGAUAAUUGUUAUUGGAUGAAGGGGUUUAGCGAACGGUCAAUUAGCAGUGGCAAUUUGAUAUUCCCCAACUGUCUUACAGCUUACAGACUCUUACGAACCUCGUCGAUGAUCAGAUGUCACCACACACUUCCCCGCAGCAAGGAUGUACGGUUAACACACAUGAAAAAUAUACAGUAUUGUACACUUGCACUAUAGCCUGCACAUGCACUGAGUCACAGAAAUAAAAAGUGUAUUCCGUAG